UUCUAAUAAACAUAAAAAAAUUGAUAUUUCAGUUUGUCCUUUCUUUAACAAUUCCAUUCUAUUAGAUAAUAAAUUUAAAUACGUGUUGUUGUAAAUAUGUGAAAAGUUUGGAUAAAUAUUAAUUAAAAACUUUAUUUAGUACUUUAUUCGACCUAGGUUAUGGUUGGAAAUGAUUGUGAAGGUUUCCACAUUUCAACCGACUCCCUUCCAUAAUAAAACAGUUUUAUAUUUAUAUAACAUAUAGUUUAUUUGAAAAUGUAUCAUAUACUUAGGAUAAUAUUAUAUAGACUGUCGGUUGUGUCUACGUUAACUUUAUUUUGUGGUGUUGUUGUGUUUUGGUUUUAUGGAUUUAUAACGGCUUUUAUCGUGUUCACGGUGGGCAUAUCAGGGAUUCUUUACAAUGCACAAGAUCUUCUUCUUUAUUACCCCAAUGAUCCACCAGACUCCAGGGUGUUUGUUCUUCAACCUAGCAACUAUAAGCUUCCAUAUGAAAGUAUAAAAAUUAAUAAUAAAGAUGGCUUCAAAAUACACAUGUUUUUAAUAAAACAGCCAGUAAAUAGCAAUCACAAGCCUACUAUGGUAUUCUUUCAUGGCAAUGCUGGGAACAUGGGGCAGAGGCUUUCAAAUGUGUCUGGUUUCUACCAUAAGCUUAACAUCAAUGUUCUCAUGGUGGAGUACAGAGGCUACGGUUUGUCAGAAGGAAGUCCUUCGGAAAAAGGUUUAUAUGUAGACGCACAGUCGGCCCUCGAUUACAUAAUGCAGAGAACUGACAUAGAUGUCAGUAAGAUUAUGGUUUUCGGAAGAUCUUUAGCUUCGAGACUGGAAUAUAGGAACAAAAUAUGGGCACUUGUGGUGGAGAAUACUUUCACCAGCAUACCAGACAUGGCACAAGUUAUACUGAAAUGGAGAUGUUUGAACUGGCUUCCCCCUUGCUGUCAUAAGAAUAAGUACCUGUCUUUGAAGAAAAUUGGUCACGUCAUGACACCCACUCUUGUGAUAUGCGGCUCUAAUGAUGCUCUGGUCCCGCCUGCGAUGGGGAAAGAGCUGUACAUGCGAUGUGGAGCAGUAUGCAAGAAGUUGGUGGUGAUGCCCGGCGGUGGCCACGAUGACACCUGGACUUGCAGGGACUACUACUCCUCUGUACAACAAUUCUUGCUGAAUGUGCCGCCCUUACCUGCAAUGACCAGGACAGAGAGUGAUGAUGAUCAGUUUAGCGGUGGUGGUUGUGUGGUGGAAUUUGUUCCAGAGACAAAAUUAAAAUUAAAUACUGUACGUAAAGAAAAUCCUACGUUUAAUGUUGUCGAAGGUCAAGAAGGUCAUCAGACCGAACCGGAUAAGAAAAUGAGUGGGCAAGAAAUGUUUUUUUAUAUCGAAUCAGAUCAGCUGUUGCAGUCAAUUGUUAUGGAUGAAGAAAAUAACUUAAACUUACCUAACAUAGGUCUUCAAAAUAAUGAUACAACUUAUAAAAUAACAGAAAAGAGGUCUAUAGAGCAGGAGGAGAUUACAAAUAAACGUUUUAAAGCGACAUCUACUGUAUUUCUGGAGUAUGCUGAGCCUAUGCUAGGUGGUGAGUUGGAUCAAGAACCAGAUCAAUCUGUGUUAGAAGUGGAUAGAAACGACCGACUAGAUUCAGAUUUAACAGAUUGCGAAGAUUUAGGUUGUGAAUUGGAUCAAGAGGUAGAUAUACCUGUGGUGGACGCCGAAACAAACAACGAAUUGAAUAACGUAGGCCCACAUGAUUCAGAUUUGAUAGAAGGUGGAGAUUUAAAAACCAAUGAUAAACGAUCAAGAAAGAAGAAGAGACAGCCUGAAAAAUGGCAAAAAAAUGUAAAAAAAAGUUAAGAACUCAGGCGAGUCUUACCAAACAGUUAAAGGAAACACAAUACCUGCUAAAAAACUAAAACCUCCAUGUUCAACUGAUUGUCGAUUGAAAUGUACAGAAAAAAUUAAUGAAGAAAAAAGGUUAAACAUAUUCAAUGAUUUCUGGGGCAUUGGCGACCUUGGAAGACAGCGCUACUUUGUUGCUAGUUGUAUGGGAGUUGUAAAGCCAAAGUAUUCGCUACACAGGGAAGAUAGUAAGCGAUCCCUGAAUGUAUCAUACAAGUUUACAAUAAAUUCAGAGGAAAUUCGAGUAUGCAAACGAUUUUUUAUGGCAACGUUGGACAUAGGACAUUCUUUUUUAUCUACAGUAAAUAAAAAGAAAGCUUCGGGUAUAAUACCAGAAGAUCGUAGAGGGCGCCAUGGUAAUACCGGUAGAUGUUUACCACAGGCUGACAAAGAUGGUGCAAGGGAACAUAUAAAUUCCUAUCCGAGAAAAGAGUCUCAUUACUGUCGGGCAAGUUCUACAAAAGAAUACCUUGAUGGUGACUUAAAUUUGACUAUGAUGUAUCGACAAUACAAGGAAUGGUGCCAUCAGAAUAGCAAACCUAUCAUCAAGCAAGGAACUUAUGAACACAUUUUUCGAAAUGAGUUUAACAUUGCAUUUCACAAGCCCAAGAAGGAUCAGUGUUCAAUUUGUUUGUCUUAUCAAAAUGCUGUAGGUGAUGAUAAGUUACAACUGAAGUACACUUAUGAAAAACAUUUAAAAGAAAGAGAUUUGUGCAGAUUGGAAAAGAAAUCGGACAUAGAAACAUGCAAAAAUGAUGCUAACAAAAUAAUUUGUUGUUAUGACAUGCAGGCAGUUUUGCAGACACCAUGCGGAAACGAUUCCCUAUUUUUUUAUAAAAGAAGACUCAAUGUAUACAACUGCACCGUAUUUAACGUUGUAUCAAAAGCUGCCUAUUGCUAUCUAUGGAAUGAGUCAUUAGGAGGAAAAGGUUGCGAUGAAGUUGGGACGUGCAUUUACAAAUUUCUGAAAGACCACUGUGUUGGAAAAAAUGUUUUUUUUUACACUGACAAUUGUUCUGCACAAAAUAAAAAUAAAUACCUGCUAAGUCUCUACCACUAUGCUAUCAAAGUUUUGGGUGUUGUGUCAAUAACACACAAAUAUUUAGUUAUUGGACACACCCAAAACGAAGGUGAUAGCGUGCAUAGCACUAUUGAACGGGAAAAAACACGAAUACUGAAAAAUGGAUCCAUUUUUGUGCCAACACAAUGGAAAUCAGUAAUACAAUGUGCCAAGAAAUGUGGGACUCCUUACGAGGUACAUGAAUUGGACUUCAGUGACAUUCUCGAUUUGAAGGACUUAGUCACGCAGUUUGGCAAAAACUUCACCGUUAAUAAUGACGGUGAUCGUGUCGUAUGGAAUGAAAUAAAAAAAAUCUAUAUGCAGGCGUCUUCUCCAUACUUGGUAUUUUAUAACGACACCUAUGAACCGAAUUCAACAAUGAAGUGCCUAAAUGUGCGCAACAGAACCAGGGGCAGAAGUGCUGCAAAUGUUGAACUACAUCUACGAAAUAAGUACCACCAGCGACCAAAGAUAUCAAACCUAAAAAAAAAAGACUUGCUUGCUUUAUGCGACUCAAAUGUCAUUCCAAGGGUAUACCGAGAGUAUUACUCAAGUUUAGAGGCUGGAGACAAUCAUAUUGAACCCGAUGAGCAUAACGAAAAUGAUUAAUUUGAAGCACUUAUUAUUUUAAGAUUUCUGUUUUCAUUCUUUAUUAUUAAAUAAACCAAUAAGAUUACGAAAUUGAUAGUUUUUUCAUUUCAUUACUAGCAUAUUUAGAAAUAUUCUAAUUCGUUUUAAAUUUUUUAUAAAAUGUUUAAUUCAUUAUUGGCACAAUUCAUAAAAAACCUGAUAACUCAAAAACUACAAAUAAAAACCUAAAUCUUUGUAAAGUACAAUAAACUUGGCUAUAAUCUACAUAUAAUUCAAUAAAUAAAAAAACAUAAAAUUACCUAAAAGUAAAGUAAAAUCACAUUUGAAUAUUUCCAAAAACUUUAAACCUCAGUACCCAAAAACGUAUCAUUUUGAAAUGUUCCAUUACUGUUUCUGACCGACGAUAUAUUAAAUAACCAUUCCAGCAUU